AUGGCGGAUGCCGAAGAGCCGGAGAAGAAAAGAAGGCGAAUAGAGGACCUGACAGACAAAAUGGCAGUAGAUGGCGGCGCCUGCGACUGGGACGGCCGGUGGAAUCACGUGAGGAAGUUCCUGGAAAGACCCGGUCCGUUCACACAUCCGGAUUUCGAGCCAAGCACAGACUCUCUGCAGUUCCUGUUGGAGAAGUGCAAGAUAUUGGUCAUCGGCGCUGGCGGGCUAGGCUGUGAACUGCUCAAAGAUCUGGCCCUGUCUGGGUUCCGACUCAUUCAUGUGGUUGAUAUGGACACUAUUGACUUGUCCAACCUCAAUCGGCAGUUUCUUUUCAGGUCUAAGGAUGUCGGACGACCAAAAGCAGAAGUGGCAGCAGACUUCAUUAACAGUCGCGUCCCUGGAUGUAAAGUUGUCCCUCACUUCAAAAAAAUCCAGGACUUUGACGAGUCCUUCUACAGGCAGUUCCACAUCAUCGUGUGUGGACUGGACUCCAUCAUUGCCAGGCGAUGGAUGAACGGCAUGCUGAUAUCUAUACUCUGCUAUGAAGACGGAAUACUGGAUCCGAGCUCCAUCAUCCCCCUCAUUGAUGGGGGCACUGAAGGCUUUAAAGGAAACGCGCGUGUCAUUCUACCUGGCAUGACAGCUUGCAUCGACUGCACGCUUGAGCUGUACCCACCGCAGGUUCAUUUCCCCAUGUGCACCAUCGCGACUAUGCCGAGGCUUCCUGAACAUUGCAUAGAAUAUCCUCGAAUAUUCCUCUGGCCCAAAGAAAAGCCGUUCGGAGAAACGAGUUUAGACGGAGACAAUCCUGAGCAUAUCCAAUGGGUGUUCGAGAGAGCGCGGGAGCGAGCCGCUCAAUUCAACAUCACAGGAGUCACAUACAGGCUCACGCAAGGUGUCGUGAAGAGGAUCAUUCCUGCUGUGGCGUCGACAAACGCCGUCAUCGCUGCUGCCUGUGCAAGUGAAGUUUUUAAAAUUGCUACAAGCGCAUAUAUUCCUUUAAAUAAUUACCUGGUGUUCAAUGACGUGGAUGGGCUGUACACUUACAGCUUUGAAGCGGAGAGAAAGGACAACUGCUCGGCGUGCAGCCAGGUACCUCAAGACCUUCAGUUCCCACCAUCUGCAAAACUACAAGAGGUGCUGGAGUACUUGACGGAGAACGCUUCCCUACAAAUGAAAUCUCCAGCUAUCACUACAACGCUGGAAGGCAAAAACAAGACUCUAUACCUGCAGUCCGUUAAAUCCAUCGAGGAACGAACGAGGCCAAACCUCUGCAAAACUUUGAAAGAGCUGGGCUUGUCGGACGGCCAGGAAAUCGCUGUGGCGGACGUCACCACCCCGCAGACGGUCCUAUUCAAGCUCAAUUUCACCGCCUGA